CGACACCACCAUCACCAUCCCGUGCAUCGUUCGCCUGCUAGCUUUUUAUUCACCUCUGUUGCAUGCAACUACCUUGCAUUCAAGAGCACAAAAUGUCACUACCUGUGCGAUCACCUUCUAAAGAGUCGAGUACUUCACACCACCAUCUACCGACUACAGUUUCGCCUACAGUGAACGUAAUGAGCUCAACACACCAUGAAACCAAUAAAUCUUCUCCCAAGAUACCAGACAUGGAAACCGAACUGGCGCAGAUAGAAGCCACAUCUUCAUCUCUCACUUCUCAACCGACUUCUCCCGACUCUUCAAUCCAGAUGCAACAUGCACAGGCGCCUCAGCUCGAACCAACCACCACUUCAACCUCCGAUGCAGGUGCUAAUUGUGCAUCAAUGGAAAGUCCGAAGACUCGUGAAGAAGAUCAUGAGUUGGCAUCUGUAUCCAGUAUGCCACAUUCAAAAAGGAUUAACAACAAGGCAAGCGCGACACCAAACAGCAACGCAACUAUGAAGAAGCCUGCUCGCAAAAGGUCUGCGCCCGGGAAAACUACUGCACCAACCCCCUCCAGGUCGCAACCUUCAAGAAACCGCAAAGCUCCUGAGCGCUUCGAAAACUUUGAGGAGAAAACUGCCAAAGCUCUGCCCAGCAAGAAGGGUACCAGUAAGGUUUUUGACUCCGUCUUCAUCACAACAAACUCCACCAGCCGCUUGGUCAAGGCAGACAUAUACCAUAUGCUUCUUGAAGGCUCAGCCUGGUCAUGCCUUAGUGCAGAACAACAGAGCACGCUCAUUGCUAUGUUACCUCAGGAUAGUACAAACCAAGGUUUGUUGACCAAGAUCAACGCAGGCGAAACGGAAAUCACACGACCAUCAGCUUUCACUUUGGCAAAUGACUGCUUUCGAACCGAUGUCGCAAAGUUCCAGGAAGAUCUCAAGAAUGGUCAUUUAGCCAAAACUUGGCAGACCGCUGCUGAACAGGCAGUCAUUGAACGCGCAGCAGGAGAGUACGACAGGUGGAAAGCUGAAGAAGCAGAAUCCUGGUGGGGUCAAAAAAGCGUGUAAAGCAUCGUUGUUCAGAAAUGCCUGCCAUCAGACCAAGGUGGGUGACUUCGCGUCGGUAACCUGAGUUCACACAUGUGAUAUGUAAUGUGGCGUUCAGAGACAAACUUUAGUCCUCCAUCCCGGCAGCCAGAAACCAAUUCAUGCUGCCUGCUGUAUGACCUAAAAUAUUCGGAGUUCAUUUGGUAAUUUAAGAUUCCUCCAUUU